AUGGACGCUCCCAUCUACUACUCCAGAGCAGAGUACAUCGAGACGGACACGGGGAACAAAGUAUCGCGUCGCGCGACCAUCGCUGGGCCGCAGAACAUCAUCCUUGGCGGAAAGACCAUCAUAGCGAGCGGUGCUAUCAUCCGGGGAGAUUUACGUAGAACGGGGCCUGGACAUGCGGUAGUCAUUUCGUUGGGAAGAUACUGUCUCAUCGGUGAGGGCUGUGUUAUGCGGCCACCGUACAAGACGUACCGCGGCAACUUCAAUUACUACCCGAUGAAGAUUGGUGACCAUGUGCACGUAGGAAACGGGUCGAUCGUAGAAGCAGCCACCAUUGGGAACCACGUCGAGAUCGGCAAGAACUGCAUAAUCGGCAAGUUCACGAUCAUAAAGGACUGCGCAAAGAUCGCGGAUAACACUGUCAUUCCGCCAAAUACGGUCGUCCCUGCGCUGGCGUUGUUUGCGGGUUCGCCAGGCCGAUUCAUUGAAGACCUUCCUGAGUCUAGACAAGAGAUGGUAGAAGCACAUACGAAGGGCUUCUACACCCGCUUUCAACCUGCGACCACAGAACGAUAAGCCCACUGUGUCUCCCUUUCGUGACACAGUCGUAUACCCAUAUUUGGAGAUACCACAACCUGGCCGCACCUAGGUGAGUGUCUGAGUCAAUUCUGCCUUGCCGAAGGAUCGAGCGAUUUAGAAGUCAAGCACCGACAUGUGUCCAUUUAACGGGCCAUGGUGAGGAGAAUUCAUCACCACCCUCUGACUUUUCUUUCUUUCUCGUACUCGUCGUGUUCACAUUGUCGGCGAGGUUUGCUGACAAUUCGAUAUCUAGACCUUACUUUGUUGGACGCGAGAACUUCCGGCGCUCGCAGACGAUCGCAUGUAGUGUCAAGUCUCGACGACAUUCAGGAUGAUUGUAGCGUCGGGAAUGCACAUGCUGAGAGUCUCAUUACUGGAGUGUCCUGUGAGACGGGACUCACGUCUCCAUUCCGUGUAAUUACCCUCACAGAUCAUACAUGAUAUCCGUAUGUACUG